AGCUGUGCAUUUUCAUUCUACUCCAUUCCUGAUCAGAGAUUAUUCAUUUAUGGAUGGGUGGCUGUAAAAACUUGCCUCAUGCAUAUGAAAAUGGUAAUGUUUACCACAAGGAGAUUUCAUUGCAGCCGAAAAGGGAUUGUGGCAACAUGUUCCUUAGCUGGGCUGUGUCUUCUACAAAUGGACUUGGCAUUGCUCACUUCAGUCUCAAUGGAAUUUUUUGCCACUUGCCUUGUGGCAUAUACACCACUAGCUAAGCAAGCUGUUCGAUUCACUUACAGAUCAUGAUUUUGGAAGGAACUGGCAGAAUGAGUAUCAAUUCCAGCAGCAAUCUACUCCACCAGCAGCCUUCUUGGACAGAUGGAUAUCCCACAUGUAAUGUGCCUGGCAGUUUCUAUGGAACUCAGUGGCAUGAGAUACACCCUCAAUACUGGACCAAGUACCAGGUGUGGGAGUGGCUACAGCAUUUCCUGGAUACCAACCAGCUGGAUGCCAACUGCAUACCUUUCCAAGACUUUGACAUCGAUGGCGAACAUCUAUGCAACAUGACUUUGCACGAAUUCACCCAGGCAGCUGGGAGAGCCGGCCAACUUCUUUACAGCAACCUUCAGCACCUAAAAUGGAAUGGUCAAUGUGGCAGUGAAAUGUACCCAUCACAUAAUGUCGUUGUUAAAACAGAACAAACAGAGUUAUUGGACGGUAAAACUUUCUGUCGUGAACAGAUUUCUACGACUACUACCAGUCACCAGCCUCUUGAGUCUUCAGAUGAGAAAAAAACACAAGAUCAUCCCCCAAAGUCCCACACCAAGAAGCACAAUCCUCGAGGAACUCACCUCUGGGAAUUUAUCAGAGAUAUUCUCCUGAAUUCAGAGAAGAACCCAGGAUUAAUAAAGUGGGAAGACCGAUCUGAAGGUGUCUUCAGGUUCUUAAAAUCUGAGGCGGUGGCUCAGCUCUGGGGAAAGAAGAAAAACAAUAGCAGCAUGACUUAUGAGAAACUCAGCCGGGCCAUGAGAUACUAUUACAAAAGAGAAAUACUGGAGCGUGUGGAUGGCCGGAGAUUAGUCUAUAAAUUUGGAAAGAAUGCCGGUGGCUGGAGAGAAAAUGAGAAUUGAAGAUGUCAACAAAAACAGCAGCAAAAUCUUCUGGAUGUAAAUAUUUCAAAGACUAUUCCCUUCUAUUUAUGUACAAAAAUGGGGGAAAAAAACUACUUCUAACAGGAAGAAGGAACACUAUCAUUGGUGUCAAAAUUAUUUUAGUUGAAGUAUGUCCUGUAUGGGGAAAAAAUGUACACAGUUUUCUGUGAUAUAUGGUAACUAUGAUUGUGAUUAAUUUUCCCAUCUUAUGAAGUUUUUUUUAUAUAGUGCAGGAGUAAUGUGAUUUAUGACAAUGCUGUGAGUCAUGCAAAUAAAGGGGGGAAUCAUGGGGCAUUAUGUAUUUUUAUGAGUAAAAUAAUUUAAAAUAAGGCAUCCUGCGAAAAAUAAUGAUUUCCAAUGUUGCUUAUCUUUGUAAGAGGACUCACGGGUGAUUGUUCAGUUCAGAUCAUAUUAUUUCAACUGUGGAUACCUGUGGAGUAUGAAGUAACAUACGACUGCAUGCAUGAGACUGAAAAGCAUCUGCCUCAUGUAGCUAUCCCACAACAGUUGCACAUGCUGCAGCAUGUUGUACACUUAGAAAGUGAACUUUGAAUGGAUAAAAUAGUAAGCAUCUCUGAGCCAUGUGGUGGUUUUAAUAGAUUCCUAGGCCAGAAGGGACCAUUGUGAUCACCUAGUCUGACCUCCUGUAUAACACAUAAAAUUUCCCCAAAUAAUUCUUAGAGCAGAUCUUUUAGAGAAAUAUCCAAUAUUGAUUUAAAAAUUAUCAGUGAUGGAAAAUCCACCACAACCCUUGGUAAAUUAUUCUAGAGGUUAAUUACACGCACUGUUAAAAAUGUACACCUUAUUUCCAGUCUGAAUUUGUCUAGCUUCAAUUUCCAGCCACUGGAUUCUGUUAUACUUUCCCUUUCAAGAGAGCCCAUUAUUAAAUGUUUGUUCCUUGUGGAGAUACUUAUAGAAGCAAAUGUUCCAUAAUCACCUGGGUUGUAAUUUUGUUGUCCAAUAACGUGUCCCAUCUCUCCUACCAAUUUCUGAGUAUCUUAACAUUCUGCUGGCCUCCCUUUCCUUCAGUUACUUCAGAUGCUGGGUUUUUCGUCAUGG